ACCCACCUGCCCAGCUAGCAGCAAUAAAAAGGCAAGCGAGCAGGAGCAUCAGCAGACAGCUGCAAGGAGCACAUCCCCAGGUACAUCAGCUGUCCCUGUGCUGCAGAGAUGGUGCAAGCAACUCCCUUCCUCCUCGUGCUCUUCCUGGCCCUGGGGGCUCACGGCCGCACUGUGAAAAAGUGCUCCCUGUCUGGGAGCUGGGUCAAUGACCUGGGCUCCAACAUGACCAUCGGGGCGGUGAAUGGAGAUGGUAACUUCGAAGGCAGCUACCACACGGCUGUGUCAGCCAGCCCGAACGAGAUUAAGGUGUCACCACUGCAGGGAUCCAUGCAGAGGGGCACUAACCAGAAGGGUCAGCCUACCUUCGGCUUCACUGUAAACUGGAGCUUUUCAGAUUCCAUCACUGUUUUCACGGGCCAGUGCUUUGUGGAUAAUGACGGAAAGGAGGUUUUGAAGACCAUGUGGCUGCUGAGGUCACGUGUGGAGAGCAUCAAUAAUGACUGGAAAGCCACCAGGGUCGGCACCAACGUCUUCACCCGCCUGCCCCAAACCGGAAUGAGGAGGACACCGAGGGGUUCCCAGUCCAGCUACAGGGCCGGGGAUGUGGCCCCUGCCCCUGCAGCACCACCUGCUUCUGCCAAUAAAGCUUUGCUGCAAAUACUCGUGGUCUCCUGUCAUGUUGUUGCAAAAUGUGGGAUAAGUGAAAUAUUUCUUGAACAGGUUUGUUCUUUGUAGUUUGAUCUUUUUAUGCU